AUUUGAAUCGAAAUUUAAGUUAAUCAGUUAGUUGCCUGUCUUGAAAAUGAUAAAUUCUUACUUGAAAGCUGUGAUGCUAAAUAAAGCGAGUAAAAGCUAGCUAGUUAGCGUAUGAGCUCACACCGCAAAGUUAGCAGUGGCUACAACGCCCUGUUUCUCUUUGUGUGUGUGAGACGGAUUCAUAUUCCAUUUAAUUAUUUAAAAGAAACUAAAUAUAAGCUAGCGAUCGCUUCUCAUAAGCAAUCUAUUCAUAAAGAUUGCCGCAUAAAAAACAGGAUGUAAUUAACUUUGUGCUUUUGAAACCAGAGCUCAUUGGGAUGUACAUUUCAACGCAAUCUGCCCAUAAAGAUUGCACGAUGAAGACUGUGGAUAUAUACUCCUACUACAGGGGCUGAAAUGUUUGAUUAAUACUGGCUUAUCUUUUGUAGCUCCGGGUGAAAUAAACCUCAAAAAAAGUGUAUACAUGGCAGUUGGGUUAGCUUAUAGUGUGGUGUUUUUUUUUUUUUUGCUGCGAAAUGUGUCGAAGCUCAUGUUUUGCUUUCUAAAAUGGCGGACAAGUUGUCGUUUGCUAGCUAAGAUGACAAGGGCAAUGGCGGAUUUGGGUUAUCACCAGAUCAGAUCGGAUUUGUUUUGCUUAAUUUGCUGCCUUGUGUUGUUUUUGAUCAGAAUCGGUCGGAUUUUUAUUUUAUUUUAAUUUUUUCCUGCACGAUUGUGAAUAAAUGGAUGAAAUGACCGUAAAUACUUUUUCAUCGUGGCUGGUAGCUAUAUUUCAAAAUGGCGCCUGGGCUUCUUCACGAACGCGAAGCGGUUAAAAGGGAAAAGAGGGCGGGGCUUCUGUGCGCUUUGGGGAAUCCAAGAAGCACGCAUGCGCACGCAGGGGUUCUGACAGAUGGUGAAAGCCACAGUAGGGCUUUCUGUAAAUUCCCCAUUUAUAUAAUAACGCGUCUGUUGAACACAGCCUGCUCUGGUUAUUGUUAAAUCAUCACCGGGUUUGGUUCGUCAUGUAGAUUUAUUCUGACUCCAUUUUCAGGAUAACAGUAGCUAUAUUGUGUUUAAAAAAAAAAACAAGCAUGAACUUAUUACUAUUUUUUGUCCCAGACCUGAGAUAAACACUGAUGUUUAUGACCCUUAUAAAGGUCUUUAAUUAUAAUCCAGGAAUAACUCUUUCCAUCUAUUUGUAAAUGUGAUGUGAUGUUUGUUUUCAAACGUACAAGUUUAUUCACUAGUAUAAUAUUUGUGAUAUUUCCAUUUCCGGCGCGUUCACUUUUGUCUUUCCUGGGUUCCCUGAGUAACUUAUUAGCUUUGUUUACUUAUUGUGUUGUACGUGUCUAAGUAACAGUUGUGACAUUUUCAGGAGUGUGUAUUGUACCGUGUAACGGAGCUCGAUACUGAAUUCAGAGACUAAAAAAAACUUCGACAACACUUUUACGGGCUGUAAUGGCCGUGGGCCCAGUGGACCCCAGGGAAGUGCUGAAAGGAGUGGAGGCUCUAUUGGGAAAGGAUGGUGAGCUCCGAAGCCUGGAGGGUGUUGCUAAAGUAUUCAGUCUUAUGAAGGCCUCUCAUAAAAUGGUCAGCAGGUGCAUGUAUCUGAAUAUCUUGCUGCAGACCAAGUCACAUGACAUUCUUAAUCGAUUUAUCCGUGUUGGUGGCUAUAAGUUGCUGAACUCUUGGUUGACUUAUGCUAAGACGACCACCAAUACCCCAAUGCUGCAGCUCAUUCUGCUCACUCUGCAGAAACUGCCUCUCACAGUCGACCAUCUCAAACAGAACAACACAGCAAAGUUGGUUAAACAUCUGAGCAAGAGCGGGGAGACCGAAGAGUUGAGAAAGCUUGCCUUGAUUCUGGUGGAAGGUUGGAUGGCCAUCAUUCGCUCUCAGAGUGUUUCCAGUGGCGCCUCGCCUAACGACAAGAAACGAAAGAAGGAAGAACUUAAACUGCGCCCUGAGGUAAAGGCUGGGGAGAAAGGGACAGAAGAGGAGAGGAAAAGAGAAAAGCCAAAGGCCCAUGCACCUAGUCAUGCGAAGAUUCGCUCCACAGGUUUGGAGGUCGAGACUCCAACACCCGUCCCUACGAAAAAGGUUCCUGCAGUCCCCCAGCUGGGAGAUAAAUACAACAUCAAACCUGCUGUACUUAAGAGGCCUAGCUCUGGUUUAUCUGAUGCUCCGCCUGUGGAGAAAAAGUACAAGCCUCUUAACACCACCCCGAACUCAGCCAAAGAAAUCAAAGUCAAGCUCAUUCCUCCACAACCUAUGGAGAGCCUGGGCUUUCUGGAUGCGCUCAAUUCUGCUCCAGUGCCUGGAAUCAAGAUCAAGAAGAAGAAACCUAAGGCAGUCUCUCCUACCUCUAACAAGCCAUGUCCGUUUGAAAGCAAGUCGCAGCCAUACUCAAGCACGCAGACCAAGCCGCCUUCCCCCGAGGCUCCUGCGUCUCACACUCCUCCACACGAGCCCCAAGACCUGGAACAGCCAGGGACGCCUGUCCCCACGGAGGACCCUGAAGCUAUGGACACUGAUAAGCCGAAUGCACUGUCAGAGCCACGUGGAGAGGAAGAGAGCCUGACAAAGAAAGGCAAGAAAAAGAAGAGUGUUCGCUGGGCUGAGGAAGAGCAGCUCAAAGAAUACUUUUACUUCGAUCUGGAUGAGACAGAAAGAGUAAACGUCAAUAAGAUUAAAGAUUUUGGUGAAGCAGCCAAGCGGGAGCUGAUGAUGGACAGGCACACGUUCGAGAUGGCCCGUCGACUCUCGCAUGACGCCAUGGAAGAGCGGGUGCCCUGGACACCACCGCGACCUUUGACCCUGUCAGGCAGUCUGGUCAUUUCAGGGUCCAACAGCAGUGAGAAGCUGACCCAGAGGGACAGAGAGAUGGGCAUCCUCCAGGAGAUCUUCCUCAACAAGGAGAGUGUCCCAGACAGCCCACACGAGCCAGAUCCAGAGCCUUACGAGCCAAUGCCGCCACGUCUCAUUCCUCUAGACGAGGACUGCACGAUGAUGGACGAUAGCUAUAUGGAAACUGCCGAUACUGCUGCAUCGGGCCCUCCUGCUGCGACCCAGGAGGGCUCCAAGCUACCUCCUGUCCUUGCUAAUCUCAUGGUCAGCCUGAACAGCAACCGCAGCCCCCAAGCUCAGAGCAAUGCUCCACCUCCCAACAAUCCAGCUAUGAACGUCCAAGAACUCCUCAGCUCCAUCAUGGGGGCUCAGGGUUCUAACCAGUCAGCAGAGGACCUCAUUAAGCAGCCUGAUUUCUCUGACAAGAUCAAACAGCUUUUGGGAUCUCUGCAGCAGAAUCAGAACCAAAACCAGCAGGGCAAUGCUCCACCUCUGAACGCGGGUCUGCUUGGCCACGGUCCUGGCGUGAACAUUAACAACAACAACAUGAACAUGCAAAUGCCCAUGAAUGGCGGUUACCCACCAAACAAGCCACCUGGCGGGCCUCAUUUCAGUCACCCGCCCCCUCCUCAUGGGCACGGACCCCCAUUCGGUGGAGGAGGUCCACGCAUGAUGGGUCCUCCACCCGGACCUCAGGGCAGAGGAGGGGACAACGGAAACUACUGGGGAGACGACUCUAUGCGGGGAGGACCACACCGGGGCGGCCAUUUCCACCGUGGAAGAGGAAGAGGAGGAGAUCAAGGAUUUAGAGGACGGGGAGGACGAGGGGGACCACGUGGAGGACACAACAACAUGGGUGACAUGUCCAAAAGACCUGUGUGUCGGCAUUUCAUGAUGAAAGGGAACUGCAGAUACGAAAACAACUGCGCGUUCUACCAUCCGGGUGUGAACGGUCCUCCUCUACCCCCUCAGCAUGGACAUUAACUCGGACCUCAGUAGACUCUCCUCAACCCUGAACACACUGGUUGUGAUCCUGCCACUUACUUUCAUUAGAGGGCAGUAGAGCACAUGGAAGACUUCUUCUUCUUCUUCUUUUUCUUUUUUCAAACAAGACCAUUUGAUUCCUCUUCAGUGUUUACAGCUGCCUGAUCAGAGGAGAUGCACCAAUAGUCCGGCCGAACCUCAACACCGUUUUCCCUCGUUUGUCUUAUUAAGCUUAUUAAUGACUUCUUCAUAAGAACAAACCUGCAGUGAUUGUGUGUAAAUAAGCUCCUCUUGUGUAAAUAUAAACACUCAGUGUUAAGAUCACUCGUGUAGAUAUUAUAUAUAUAUAUUUUUGAUGUAAUAUGACCCUGACUUAAAACUGCUGAAAAAUGUGCCACUCUUUGAUGACCACUAUUGUAGCUUACCUUUUGAUUUACACUGUUAUACGAGUUGUAUUUGCUUUGGUGGUACUUAUGAUUUUUUUCCCCUUCUUUUUUAUUAUUAUUAUUAUUAUUAUUAUUAUUAUUAUUUUCUUUUUUUAUAUAUAUAUAAACUGAGACUAUGAAUUUGGUUCAGCACUAUAAGAACAUCUGAGAUGCAAGUUUUUUGUUUUUUUUUUUAAUUCUAGAAUGGUUGGAAAUGUGCUGCUUCUCCGUUUUAAGCAGGUUCACUUUAUAGACAGUGACUCUGUUAUCACCUGUGGUAUAUAACAGCACAUUCUAGCACCUCACCAUCUUUAUUCCAAAAGCUGUUGGAUGAACAGCUGUGUCCUCGGCUGAUAUAAAGGUGGUGCACACGAAAAGUCUGCAUGGCUCAUAACGUUCCCUACAUUGCUGUUCAUGUUUUUGGAUAUUCUAAACAGGACUUGUGUUUAAAAAAUGACAAUCAGGACAAUUAGGGUGUUAUCAUUCAUUGUUAUUUCAUUCAGUCUGUGUGUGUGUCCCCGUGUAUUCACUCUCAAUCUAUGACUUGUCCUGGUCAUGGUCAUGUCACAUGUGUCCUCAUACAGCAGUGCUGAACUGAGCUGAAGCCUCUGAACCACUCUUUGGGCCAGCACUAGUGUUUUCUGUGAAAACAGUGGCCUUUGUGUCUCUUGUGGGACUGGAUUCAUUGUUUGUCUUUCUUUUUCCGGUUUUUUUGUAAAAAGUCAGAUUUUUUUUAAAUAUAUAUUUUUUAUUUUUACCUCUAUCCAAAUGAGGUUUUGUUUGUGUUAUAUUAGUGUGUCUGAUUUACAAUAUGCUGCAAAGACACAUUUAUAAGCAUAUAUAAAACCUGUCAAGGAUUUUUCUACAUGUAAUAAAUGUUAUAAAAAUAAACUGUUGUCGAGUAAUAAUCAUAGUAGUU